AAAGCCUCUCUUGAAGCUCUCUACAUACAUUCCAUGGCUAAGUCAAUUCCCAACUUAUUUGGCACUAAGACAGGAAGCGUUCUAUGCCUCAAAGUCCCCUCUCGUAUGACAAUAUGGUUCUCAAAUGUAGUUGGACCCCAAGAAGAAAUUGCCUUCUUUGGCCAUCCAAUAGCCUACAUUGCUCCAAGUUGUUUUGGUCAACCCAACGCAUUGAUGAUUCAUGUGGUGAGCUAUGUGGAUAAAAUGAAUAUCAUUCUAUCAGUUGAUGAAAGUACAGUCCCUGAUCCUCACCAGCUUUUUGAUGACCUUGAAGAGUCUUUCAACCUCAUCAAGAAUGCCGUGAUGGCUAGAGACUAAACUCCACAGAUUGUCAUAUAGCAAGGG